GAAUGUCCUAAGACAAACCAUUCAGAAAUAUCAUGGUAAUUAUCGGGAUGGGAGCGGGAGCACGAGUGAUUAUUGGAACCGGAAAAGCGCGUAACUGCCUAAGCCUAUGGUGGACACAUCAACCGAAGAAGAAGACGAAGAAGAAAGUGCUGCCUCAUGAUGGAAAUGGCAUGCCCACUUGGAUAUGGCCGAAAAGGAACUUCGUGUGAGCUCUGUCCGGCGAGCACGUACGGACGCGGAGUGUGCCUGCCCUGUCCUACGAACACGUACAGCCUCAAGGCCGGCUCCGCGUACUGCCAGCCUUGUCCGCCCGGCGCGUACGUCGGGACGCAAUGCCAUCCUGCAGACAACGCUCUACAGCUGAGUUUGGUCGCCCUCGUGAUGAAGUACGGCUUCAUAACAGCCAGCUCGCUGUCACUGAUUCUGGUAUUCGCUCUCCUCUGGCUGAAAACAAGAAGAAACGCCCGUUCAAAGGCCGUGCCGACUUCCUUGCUGACGUCGUUGCUCUCCGACGAGUUUCUCUCUUCGCGGGUCCCGAGCUACAGUUCAUGCGAGCUCCCUCCGGAAACCUCGUCGUCUGAGAGUGACUGCGACGUUAUUUGCGCUGGCGCUGGCGACGCUCGGCGGCCGUCUCGCACGGUGACGACGAGGACGACGACGAAGAAGACUUCGUCUUCUUCGACCCGGACUGCGUGCGCGCGCGUCGGUGUAGACGAUUAUAAAGGCGGCGAGGACGAAAAAGGCGCGUCCAGCGACGACAGCGGCGUGGUGGGUGACGGCGCCGGCGGGGACGCCUCGCCCAACAAGCGCCUGCUGAUUUUGAAGCGCCUCAAGGAGCACGGAGCCGUGCUACCCGUAAAGGGCGUCGACAUAAAUGAGAUCUCGAAAAAGGCCAAACAAUUUCGCGCAAGACCAACGCUCAAGUGAUUCGUCUGUAUAAUUAAUGAAAACGAAUUAUACCACGUGCACGUCGUUUUGACGACUACAGAGCUCUGAUGAUUGUUCCGCGGUUAGGGACAGUGUCGUAACCAUCGGACUCCUCCGCGGAAAGUUCAUGGGUUUAUUUCACAUAACAAAACUGUCUGGAGUGUCUGGUCUUAUUACGCGCAUUCCACAGCAGCCGCGAAUCUUGACCAGCAAAGUGAAAAUUGUUUUUAAGAAGGUCGUCAGGAAGCGAGACGCAAUCUCUACACCACUUUAAUAAAGUGAUAAACGGGGCGGGUUGGUUGAUCUCCAUAGUAAAAACAGCUCAAAAAGGAAUGGAAACACAAGACCGAGAAUUACACAGGACAGGGGCUGAACUAACAACU